AUGACCCAAUCCACACCCCCCCAGAAAUCCGUCUUCGUCACCGGCGCAAAUGGAUACAUCGGCUCCGCCGUCUGCCGGGCCUUUGUGCGCGCCGGCUGGCGCGUCUACGGACUAAUCCGGCGUCCCGAAGCAGCUGGAACUUUGUACUCCGAGGAAAUCAUCCCCAUCAUCGGAUCCAUAUCCACAGACGCCACGUUCCCGGCAGACCUAGCCAAAUACACCAAGACCCUCGACGUCAUCGUCUCGUGCACAGAGCAAAUCCCCUUCGGCGCACACUACGACGCCGCCCUCUCCCUCAUCCGCAAACUCGCCACGACGUCCAACGCGCACGGCAUCCGCCCCCUCGUCCUCGCGAGCUCCGGAUGCAAAGACUACGGGACGACCGGUCUCCACGGAUCCCCAGAUCUCGCCCCGCACACCGAGGCCUCGCCGCUCCAGCCCAUGGACAUAAUACAAGAGCGCGCGUUCGGGUGUCUCAAGAUCUUCGAGCACACGGACUUAUUCGACGCUGCGCUCCUGCGGCCUACCCCCGUAUACGGCUACGACAGCAGCUACUACGGGCUAGCCUUCGAGCUCGCGGCCUCCGCCGCGCGGUCCGAGUCGCGCGUCUGGGAAAUCCCGUUUGAUUUCGGCACUAUUAUUCACGGGUGCCAUAUCGACGACUGCGCGGAAGCUUACGUCGCGCUUGCUGCGCACGCGGACCGGGACGCGGUUGCGGGACAGUGCUUUAAUAUCUCUGGUGCGCGGUAUGAGACGCUGGCCAUGAUUGCUGAGGCGUUGAAGGUUGAGUACGGGCUGCGCGACGUAGUGCGGGCGCCGGUCGGGGUCGAGGCUGAUCUGUCGGUGUACGUUGCGCUAGGCCACAGCCAGUGGGUUGAUAGUAGCAAGAUCCGACGACUGACCGGGUGGACGGAUAAGAGACUGCUGUUCUGGGAGGGGCUGCAUGUGUAUCGCAUGGCGUAUGAGGAGGCGGCGAGGAGGGGCCACGAGGGCGUGUUAAGGGUUAAGGAGAGGUUUGGGAAUGUGCUUACCGGGCCUAAGAAAUAG